CAUUGGGAGGUAUAAGGUCUCUGGUAGAGCCUUUAUAUCCCAACACUCAGUGCGAAACGUAACCCAUGGCGAUAGUGAUGUGUAACGAGUCAAUGUUACUGUGAAACAUUUUGGUUGGCAGCUUUUCAUCAUUAUCAUGUGCUUAUGAUAAGUGUUUUUUAUGUGUGAUAUAUGAACGUCAUCUGGGUUAGAUUAAAGAGGGAUGCAAAACUCAAGCCCAGAAUGGCCAGAAGCAACCAUGGAAUCUAACAUGGUUGUGUGGCCUCCCUGGCCUAGUUAUUGGUUGCAAGGUGACCAUAUGGACAGUUUGACUAUCCUUGCUACAGAAUACCAGCCCUGGAUUUGUUCUAUUAUUGCAGCUAUUGCAAUUGGCUUGGCUGGUAUAGUGCCUCUUCUAGUUAUACCCCAGGAUAAUCAGAUUAAGUCAAAUGUUGAAAGUCGCAACAUUUUGCAACUGUUAUUGAGCUUUGCUGUAGGAGGCCUGUUGGGAGAUGUCUUCCUUCAUCUGCUGCCAGAGGCUUGGAGUUUGGCUCUUGAGGCGGGAGCAGAGCCUCAUGAAGCCUUCACUCAAGUAGGCCUGUGCGUUUUGGCAGGGAUCUUUGUUUUCAUCAUAGUGGAGAUGUUGGCUGUGCAGAAUAGUAGUGAUAACAGUUCUCCCCAGAACAACAACACUGUCAAAGAGACCUCCAAUUCCAAUAAGAAAGAGGUAGCUGGCUACUUGAACCUCAUUGCCAAUGGCGUAGACAACUUCACCCAUGGCCUGGCUGUUGCGGGAUCUUUUUUGGUCUCUUAUAAGACUGGCCUUCUCACAACUGGUGCUAUUCUCAUUCAUGAGAUUCCUCAUGAGAUAGGGGACUUUGCUAUACUACUUAAGUCAGGUUUUAGCCGCUGGGAGGCGACUCUUGCUCAGCUUUACACUGCUGGCAUUGGAUUGCUGGGUGCUUUAGUAACACUGUUCAUAGGUACUUCAGAAAUACUUGGAGGUGUCCAGCAUUAUAUCUUAUCAUUCACUGCUGGAGGAUUUUUAAAUAUUGCGCUUGUCACUGUGCUGCCGGAGUUGUUGCAAGAGGAACGCCCAGCCCAGUCCUGUGCUCAACUCCUAUGUCUCCUAAUUGGCACUUUCACUAUGGCUGCAGUGGCUGUGUCUUGCUGAGAUAUGGUGCCUCUAAAAUCUCUUGCCUGGAGCUGUGAUUUUUAGGUGUAAUUCGGUGAAAUGACUCCCAACCUUACCUGUUACUUAGUGGAACCAGACCGGAGGAUUGCAGUACACUAAGUAACUAUUUUAUUGCAACUUACAGCAUAUUUUUUAAAACUAAAUUAUUAUGCUUUGGGAACUCGCAGCGCAUGUUUGGAGGAAAGUUUUAGAAUAUAUUUAGGUGGUAGCUGUUAGUUGUAUUUUUUGGGAUAGUCAGUCACUUUGUGAGAGAGUACUGCAUAUAUUUUUUUAAUUAAUAGUCCCUCUCAGUGUCAUGUUAGACUAUAGCUGUCAUUCUAGUAGCAUUUCUCUUGGAAAUUAGUUUCACUGAUGCACUUGUGCACAACUUUGAUUUCAUGUUUACUUGAAAAGGUUCUUUUCAAUUGGUUUAAGAUAUUUAGUUAGCAUUAUCUUGUUCAUAUUCACUAACCAGAAAUUGGAACAUCUGGAAGUAUAUCGUAUUUUUCCCUACUCAAUACUGGGAUGAUUCAGAUGCUCAAUAUCAGAACUUUUUAACCUUAUGAUCUACUUAUUCCAAGAAACGUUGUGAAGUUUGAUGAUUUACUUAGUCCAUGAAAUGUUGCGAUAGCUUCUGUGUUAAUUUUUAUCUGGUAAUGAACCAGAGAAACCAACAAUCUACUUAAUAAUUUUUAUUGUUGCACAUGGAAUAUUGGAAAGAUAGAAUAUUGGAAUGAGUCCUUCUAUUUAAGACUAUCAUUGCUGAGAAAAUGCUCAUUCAAAAGACUCAUUCUGAAAUCAUAUUGUUGGGGCAUUAAUUUCUUUGCUACGUAAUUGCACUAGUGACUAAAGAAAUUUGUUUCACUGUGUAACUUGAAGAAUUGCUCACCUCAAACAGGUAUUAAUAGUUUCAUUGGAGACAGUUAUUUGAAAACUUAGUAACUUUUACAAUGAAAGUUUUCUUUGAGAAAUUACCAUUUCUAGGCUGUUACUGCAGAAUUUUUUAACCGUUUUACUUGAAAAGUCCUUAUCCUAAAUAACCUACAUUGAAGGUCCUUUGUUUAGUAGUAUACCAUUGAAGAAAUGCAAUUUUUAUCAAAUCGAUUCACAGAAGAAUUGUCACUACUGACAGCGUUGAUUGUAGAUUAUAUUUUUAGCAAAAGUAAGUACUAUGGUAUUUCUACUUAGUUUUGCAUUUUAUUAGUACAGUACUUGUGUACUAUAGUUGUUACGACAUAGUUUAUUGCCAUAGCUAUACUGUAUACAGUCUGUGACUUUGACAUGCUAGACAUGUUUAUUGUAUAUAGAAUGUGAGAUUUACGUACAUGAUAUUAUAUAGUCAUGUGAGAUUUGUACUGUAAUUGAGGGAUGUUCAAGCACAUCAACCAAACCUGUUUUUUUUUUUUUUUUUUUUUUUGCAUGUUUUCAUGAAUAGUCCUUGGAACCAUUUCCUUAAAAGAACAAUGUAGAAUUUUACCUUACAUAGUUGGAGAUAUUUGGAAAGUUUUGCAUUUCAUGCCAUCAUGAAUAGUUUUUCUCAUGUUUUGUUUUUCCUCUACACAUCUUGUUACAUAUUUCAUACUUUUAAAAGUAUUAAAUCAAAGUUUGUGCAAUUUUCCUAACAUUUAUUAAUAUUAGAAUUUAGGUAACAAAUGGAAAAGAAGUGAAUUUUCCAGUAGCAUUUCCCUAGAGAACUUAGUCAGCUCUCUUAAACGUUGUUGUGCAGUAGAAGUGGGCUUAAGAUAAUCAACUAUGUAAUGCAUGCCCACAGAUGUUUAACUAAUACUCUUCAGAAGAAAAUGUGUCCGCAUUGAACUGCUAGUUACUUGGCACUCACUUUACAAAGUUUUAUAUUUAUUAAUAUGCAGCAUACUUAUUUAUAAAAAUUAUAAGCACUAAUAUUUAUAUCAGAUGUAAUAUUUAUAUCAGAUGUAAUAAGUAUUAAAAGGCUAUACAUAAUUACAUCUUUUUUUCAGAUUUUAAGCAAUAAUUGAAAUAUUUUUUUAUUCUUUUCAUCUGUUAAAGCUGAGAAUUCUUAUAUGUUAGUAUUUAAAUUGUUGUUUUUGCAUAGUAAUUUGUAACCAGCAGUAUUUUAUUUCAUGUGUUGUAGUUGACCAUACUCAGAUCAAGUUAUGUAUUGUUAAGCUUGGUAAAUGGUGCAAUUGUUUGGAAAGAAUUUUUAUUUGGACAAAAUUACAGCUUUGAAAUACUGUUGGUAAAAAAAUAAUCUUCUAAACAAAUUGACCCUUAAUUAUCAAAGAAAUUAGCUCUAGCAAUGCAUUAUGUUGUUUAUACUUUAUACAAAUAAAAAUUAACAUCCAUACAGAAUUAGUGCAGUGCAGUGUGGCCUUAUCCAUUUGCUUUACCAACUGUUAAAAAAUUUAAUGAAAGAUUUAAAGGCAAAAAAGCAAUUUUUAUAUACAUUAGCCAUUUUUGUACUUAUGAAAGAUGCCAUUAACAAAUCAGAAGUAAAUUAAAUUCAAAGUUAUGACAUUCUUCAGAGAUUUCAUAGCUGGUAGAUAUCUAAUCUAUAUUCAGACAGUUGGGGGGCAUUUUUCUUUUCAAUUUCACUAAUGAUCAAGAAACAUUUGUACUACUUAUUUAAGAUGUUAUACAGUACUCUUGUGGACAAGUAAAAAUUUUACUAAAGUUUUAAGAGGUGUAACCUUUUUCUUAUGUUCUAUCAUGAUGGUAAACAUAAUAAAUAUAAUAGUUUGUUGAGAAAUGGCACAGCCUGGGAUAACUGGAAGGGAUUGUGAUUUAUAUUCAUAACAAACUACUGUUUCAAAACCCUUACUGUAAUUGUGUAAUGUAACCUUAUGCUGUGUGUAUUUUUUUAAAUAUUUAGAUUUGUAAAUACUGUACCUCACUUAAGGUGAAUUUGAUUUUAAGACACUUGCCAUUUCUGAAAAAUGGUAGUUUUGAAAUGCAGUAUUAACGCAAUAUGUACAAUAGUACAUAUCCUACCCAAUUUAGAAUUCCAUCUCUGUGUUGAACAAGUUUUAUAUUUUGAAUAGGGAUCCAACCUUACUGAAAGGUAAUAUAUUUGUUAUACUGAUCAAAUUUGGAAUUUUGUGUUUGGUUUCAUAUUAAUUCUUGUUGGAUAAUUUUGUUAACAAUGAGGAAUAGAAUCUGCAUGCUAAGACGGCAUCGUUCUCAGUUACUCUGGUAAAUUGAUUGUACUGGUAAUUUAUUUUAUCUGUUUCUGUCAUGUGAUUUUACGAUAAGAUUUUACAUUUUCAGGUGUGGUCCAUAUUUAGUUUUCCAAUUUUAUUUAACACCAUCUGAGCUCAUUUCUGUCCCAGCUUUAACAGUAAUUUACAACUCUGUGGCAGGGGUCAUUUAGCUGUGUAUGAAAGAGUUUUUAUAGAUAAUAUUUGGCUUGAAAAGUUAGUGGUUAAUUAUUAAUUUUCCUUUUAUUGGUGAAUAAGACAGAAUGCUUUUCUGUAAAUUGCUUUUCAAAGGUAAGAAUUUACUUUUAACAUUUUUCCUUCAUUAAUAUUCCAAGAUUGCAUAUUGUCAGUGUGAUGUCAUGUAUUAAAAACACAAACAUCAUGUAAACAUUAUCCAUAAAUUGCAGGAGUUUAUCAGGCUAUACUCAACUUCUUAGGUAACAGUUAAAAUUUUUUUUUCAAAAGUUAGGGUUCCAGAAUUGAGUGUAAUCUACAUGACAGUUGUACUUCAUAUAUGGUAGUGGGAUCAGCAAGGUAACCAUCAGAAAUCAGUCUGGAACAAAGAACUCUGUAAUUAAUCAAACCAUCGUGAAAUGGAAUAGUAUACUGCAUAGUUUUGUGUGCUUAUAAACUAUGUAUAGAUUUAUGUUUUGAUGUGCUUAGAAUUGAUUCAUUAAAUAUUUGCAGUUUCUUGGGUAGCUGAAUAAGUUGGCUAAGUGGUGGUUAUAUUUUCCCAGAACCAUUCAUUCCAAAGUUACAGACCUAGUUAUGUAUUUAAAACUAGAUCCAGCAUAAGCUACAUAUAAAAUAUUGUAUGUUAUUAGCUUUGGUCUUUUUACAGUUUUCAAGAUUGGUAAACCCAAAAUAAUUCAUGAACGACCUCUUUUAUUUCAAUUGCCUCUGUAAUUGAAGAGGGGUUUGCUUUAUCCAAAGCUUGCAGUAGGGUCUUGUUUUCUUGGUAUAAAAAAUUUAGAUCUUUGCUGCUCUGCCCUGUAUGUAAGCUUCUCACUUUGAAAUCUUGUGAACAUUUGAACAGAAAAGUUGAGGUGGUAAUGUGUUUCUUUAACAGCCACAUUUAGUAAAACUAUUAUAAUUAGCUACUAAAACUAUAUUGGUCAUAGAAUCCCAUUAUUAGAUGGUUCAUAGAUUAUUUGCAGAUGUAAAUUAAUGUUUGGUUCAUUUUAGUUUUAAUAAAAUUGUAACUGGAUAACCCUUCUACAAGUAGCAGAUGCAGAAUACAGGCCAUAGAGAAUUAGUACUAUGAAACUUAAAAAUUUGUGACCAAUCUUUUCCCCAUUGUUUAAAUGAAAUUAGUUAGUUCUGAAGCUCGAAAUGCCCUAAGACAUGCCAUUUUCCUGACCACAAAAUUCAAGGUUACCACAUAACUGACAUUAUGCAUACCACUAAAGGGAGAUUAUAAAUACACCUCUUAUGUAAAAUCACUGAAGUAUAUACUUUAAAUUAAAAUUAAUUUCUUUGUCUUCCUUGCUAAUGCUUCCAUUUCAUACUUUUUUUCAUGUAUGUAUUUUAUCAGUUAAGAAUAUACUAUUCAUAUAUUGAUUACUUGUUUGGUAAUGGAGGAACUUCGAGCAGAGCUUUGACCUUUCUUUGCAUUUUACACGUUCACUAACCACUUUCAAAUGACUUAAUAUUAUGGUUAUUGUGUUCUACUCACAUUACAGUUGUUCACAGUGUAUUACCAAAUUGCCCUAUAUGCAUUCUUGAAAAUUGUCAAACUAGAUUUGUGUUAGUUUUUAAACUUUUUUUUUCAACAGAUAUAACAUUUUUUUUUCUUUUUGCAAUAUUGAGGUUUACAUAAUAUCCGAAGUGGAACCAUAUCAAGAUCUGUAAUCUUUACUUUAGUAGGUAGAUCCCAUAGUGUGCACUAUUCAUACUAUUGUGAGGUUUCGUUAUUUUUUCAUAUAAUGGUUAUUUGGUUUUUGUAAUAACAGUAUUUAAAAUUCAUAUCUGUUGUACCUGUAGGGAAGUAAGUGACUUGAAGACAAUAAAGAGACAAUGUGUUUUUUGCAAAUAGCCAUCAGUGGAUGAACAAAAAAUUGUUGACACAUUGUUUAUGGUGGUUGGUUUCUUUUCAUUGAGCAUCAGUAGGAGGACAUUAUGACAAAUUAUAGUUGUAUUGUUUAUACAGUGCUUAUGGAAGAUCAUAAUGGCUGUAAAGCCUUGAGAUUACUCAUAAGAAUUUAUUCACUCCAGUAUUUUCAAACUGAAAAUACUGUAUGCUUAUCAUUUAAGAAUUUAUUCACUAAUAUUUUCAAAUAUUAAACUGAAAAUACUGUAUGCUUAUCAUACUCAGGUGAUUACUAAAUUGUGUAAAUAUUGGCUUGCCAAGAUGGCCAUAUGAUAUUUUCAAAGUAAGCUAGGUCUUUAGAAUUUAAUACUCCAGUUUAUUAGAGCCUUUCAAACUUGAAACAAAAAGAUAUUGCAUUUAAAGCAUUCUGAAUUUCAUCAGAAAAUUUUUAUACCCAAUUUAUAGUUAAUACAGACUUGGGCAGUUUGGUCCAUAUGUAAAUACAAAAAACCUCUAAAUUUUUCUAUUUUAGUGUAAACGUUCCACAAUUCCUGUCUUGUAAAUAUGUUUUAUAAAGAAUAUAUCAUAAAUAGUG